UAGGAUUACGAACCCGAUCACCAAUAAGUUAAUGUUUUCUAAUCAUAAUUCUUUAUAUAUGCAUGUUUAAAUUAAGAAACAAUAACUACGUAGUAAUUAGAAUGAGUCUUGUUAUGUAAUUCACCUUUGUAAUAGCUCCAAUUCAAAUUCCGGAAUUGAAACAAGUUGGGGAUUUCUUUUUAUUUUUACCUGAAGUCAUUUCCGAUUUGAGCCAUGGUUAGCUUGGGGUCAGAUUCGCGACAGACAGGGGGCUAUUUUUUCCAUGACCACGGCAGUGUCCAGGACAGUGACCGUGAUGAAUUACUUUCUGAAGCUCCCUCCCUUUCUGACACUAUUGACCCACCUUACAGAAAAAUUCACACAACAUGGACUGCUGGGCUGGAGAUUGUAGUCAUUGUUGUGGCAGAAGUUUGUAUGUUUGUGGUUCCAUUACAAGGGAUAUGUAACAAGUCCGUCUGUGCCAACCUUUCCUUCGUCUGCUACACACAUGGAGGCCUGUGGUUCCUCAUGCUGCUGUUUGAUUUCAUCUAUCAAAUUCAACACAGCAGGAACAGGAAACUGGGAUACCUGGAAUUUUACAGGAAAACUCGCAACAUCAGACGGAUGCCGUUACUGAUCAAUUCUGGAGCUAAUGCCUUGUUGGUGAUUGUUGUCUGUUUACGUCUUGAUUCUGUGACCAGCAACACAGACCAGAGACUUGCUCUACAGAUCGGAAUCUCAUUAGAAAUGGUGGCCAUCUUGGUUUUCUUAAUAUGGUACUUAGUGCUGUCCAUAACCUUUAACAACAGACAAGCAGGACCAGAUGUUGUCAGAGAGGAUCUCAUGAACAGCUUCAUGCAAACCAGCGUCUCCUCAGAAAUAGGAUACAAAGAUGACAGUUAUUCUGAUCAAGUUCUUGAGAGACAGGCAGACAUGAUUCGUUACCUAAAACAACACAAUGCACAGCUGGGAAAACGACUUCUGGUCCUGACAGAGGAAAAUAACAUGCUGAAAUCAAACCGUUGACACAAUCAAGAUCUGCACAAAGUAGCAGAGAGCUAUCAAACAAGGGAACAGUGCAAUGUGAUUUUAUUUUAUGCUUCGAGUCCAAUCAAGCCAGAGAAACCAUUCCAGUAUUCGAUAGUGUGUGGCGUUUAGUGUUGUGUCACCGUCUGACUUUACAUAAUUCAUACUGGGUGUACUGGUAAUCUUGAUAAUAUGAUAGUAUGUGGCAUUCAGUGUUACAUGUAUCACUAUCUGACUUUAUUUAAUACUUCCUGUUAAUAUGUUAGUAUGUGGCAUUCAGUGUUGUCACUAUCUGACUUUAUUUAAUACUUCCUGUUAAUAUGUUAUUAUGUGGCAUUCAGUGUUGUCACUAUCUGACUUUAUUUAUUACUUCCUGUUAAUAUGUUAGUAUGUGGCAUUCAGUGUUGUCACUAUCUGACUUUAUUUAAUACUUCCUGUUAAUAUGUUAGUAGGUGGCAUUCAGUGUUGUCACUAUCUGAUUUUGUGUAAUACGUACUGGAUAUACCGAUGAUCCUGUUAAUAUGAUAUUCUGUGAUGUUCAAUAUUGUCUUGCUGUCCAAUGUUGCGCAAUACUUCUUGGAUAUACCGACAAUGCUGUUAAUAUAUUCUGUGGUGUCCAAUAUUGUGUUGCAGUCUGACUCCAGUUACGUGUAUUGAAUAUACUGAUAAUUCUGUUAAUAUGAUAGCCUGUGUUCAGUGUUAUGUCAAACAGAUUCUACUUAGUAUGCAUUCAAUAUACUGACUUCAGUGUGAUUAUUACUGACACUGCUAUCGAUAUUUACAACCAUCCGAUAUACCGACUAAAUAGUUUUAUUCCACAUUCAUUACCAGGCGAUUGUGUGUAUACUGCUCGUUCAUUGCUGCUUUGUGUCCACAUGCUUGUUAUUUAUUCAGUUUUUACUCAUGUAUUUUAUGUUCCACUUUAUCAUAAUAUGUAGUCUUUUUUAAGGAUAAAGAUGUGAAAUUUA